AUGUUGUCAAUACUCAUACUUUUUGGCUUUUCUGGAUUUUAUGCUAACGCUCAAAAUAAUUUUGUUUCUUGUAAUAUCACGCAAUUAAACGUUUGUCAUGAUGACUUCAUGAAGCGACUUGGAAGUUCAGGUACUUGGAUACAAACCACUCUGUUUCGUGAUGCAAUAGAAAAACAGUUUAUGUCAGGACGGGAUUCGAAUAUUCAAAAACUUUGCAGUGCCUUCCAACGGUAUAAGAGCUGUUUUUCAUCUGAUGAAAGUGCUAAAGCAUAUCAGAUUUAUCAAGCGUGUACGGAGCGAGUAUUAGGAUUACUUUUGGAUGAAAACCAGUUUCAGAGAAAGUUUACAAAAGAACAGGCGACUGGGUACGUCAUGAUGAUUGCCCAGUUAGAGUACGCAUGCGGAGCUGGGUUUUCGAUUCUACUUGAAUAUGGAACUUGCAUUGGCGAAACUUUCACCUCAAACAGUGAAACAAUAAAAGCAUGCAGUACUGAGUUCAACACUGCAGUGCAAAAUGAUCCAUACGAAACAUGCAACUACGCUGCCACGGCAAUGUCGUGUUUCCAAGCGGUUUUUAAGAAGUGUGGGAUUCCCUCAUCUUGGUUUGGGUGUGAAUACGAACGGACGGGAAUUCAAGCAUUGUAUUCUCAGUGCACUGCAGAUUACUGCUUUACAGACGUAAUUAUCUUUUGUUUUAAAAAAGUUUAG